AUGGCAAACAAUAUUCUUGACCUCGCUGCUCCGAAUGAGCUAAACAGUACCGAGACAAAACUCGUUUUCGACACCGUCGACAAACUUUUGCCUCUAGGUCUCAGCAAAAUCGCCGAUCUACCCCAGAUAAUUGUUGUCGGAGAUCGAUCUUCGGGCAAGUCCAGUGUAUUUGAAACCAUCGCAAAUGUCCGCCUCCCGGGGACAGUGGCUAAAGGCCGUUUCGCGACUGAGUUCGCAGACAACACCAAAUCGCCCCACUCACUGAAACUCACAACUUUCAACCGGAAGGAGAUCGACGAGUUCAUAGGAGAGAUUGGGAAACAGAUCGGACUUCCAGAAUUGGGCCGCAAUCUCUCUCUGGAUGUCUUACGCCUGGAGAUUGAAAGGCCCAAACUUAUACCCAUUAACGAUGAGGCGAGUAUGAUGAACCUAGUGGCAGGCUACAUGGAGAAGCCAAGCAGGAUCAUCCUGGCCGUUAUCUCUGCCGAAAACGAACUGGAAAGUCAGUCCAUUGUGCAAGAGGCAGCUAAGUAUGAUCCUUCCGGGCAGCGUACCCUUGGAGUCAUCACGAAGCCGGACUUGAUUCAUCCAGGAUCCCCAGAGGAGAACGAGUAUCUGAAGAUUGCUCGAAGCCGCGAGGCCGCUCGAAACUUGGGCCUUGGUUGGCACGUUCUAUGCAACCGCAAAGAUGACGAAGACCUCGAUCCGCGGGAGUUUGUCGAGUUCCAAAAGCUUGCCCGCGACGGCAUCUGGGGCCACUAUGAUGAUCCGCUCUUCGGUGGCUUUAAUGGAACACACAGAAAGCUCCGUUCUCAGCUGCGAGAUCUCAACCGAGCCCUUCGGCAUAUUCUACUCACACUUGGCUCUGCUCAACUUGUCAUGGGACGCCCGAAUGCCGGCCCACUGCAAUACGCGACACCUGCAUACCUUGAGGAACUUCUCCAAACUUACACCGAUGAAGUCACUUGCCCUCAAAUCGUCGCGUGGGCCGACCUGAGUUCUGAACUGGAAACACAAUCAGCUGCUAGUCAGGGAACACAUCUUCCCCCUUUUGUCAAUAUGGACAUCGUUAUGCCGCUGUUUCAGAAACAAUCUGCGCCUUGGAAGCGCAUUGUGGAAAUUCACAUUGAGAAGCUCAUAUAUACUCUGAAGGCAUUUGUGGACGAAGCUUUAGAGGAGAUUAUCGGAUCGCACGGCUCCAGUAACACAACGAAUACGAUCCUAUCCACUUGUGUAGACACCUUCUUCGACAAGAAAGAAGACCUGCUGUGA